AUGGAGGCCCCAAACCUCAACGAGAUCCAUGAUUUCCUCGUGUCAUUGGCUUUCAAGGCCGGCGACAUCAUAAACAAUGCGCUUCCAGAAACCAAUGGCACUGGAUCCAAACUGAAUAGCGCCGAUCUCGUGACGGAAUAUGACAAGGCAGUCGAGAACAUGAUCUCAACGUCUCUGAGAGAGAAGUAUCCGCAUUACGAGUUCCACGGCGAAGAAACAUACGACCCAACACGCCCAUUGACCGAUGCCCCCACCUUCGUCGUAGACCCCAUCGAUGGCACGAUAAACUUCGUGCAUGGCUUCCCCUUUGCCUGCGUUUCGCUCGGAUUCGCCGUUGGACGCAUACCGACGGUUGGGGUGGUGUACAAUCCCUCCACGAAAGCUCUUUACUCCGCCAUCAAAGGCCAAGGUGCUUUCCUGAAUCGCGAAAUUCGACUACCAUUGAAAGGUGCCGAUGUUGAGCCUCUAUCCGGAUUAGCCAAUGCUGUCAUUUGUGUGGAAUGGGGUUCGGAUCGCAGCGGGAAUAAUUGGGAGACCAAAGUUCGGACGUAUGAGAAGUUGGGCCAGUCGAAGGAAAAUGGCGGGGCUAUGGUGCGCGCGAUGCGGAGCAUAGGCUCUGCCGCGUUGAAUCUAUGUGCCGUGGCUGAGGGCACGUUGGAUCUUUAUUGGGAGGGUGGAUGCUGGGCCUGGGAUGUCUGUGCUGGAUGGGUUAUCCUUUCCGAGGCGGGGGGCAUCAUGGCAGAUGGUAACCGGGGAGUUUGGGAUGCUCGUCUGGAUGGACGGAAGUACCUUGCAGUUCGAGGUUCUCCAGAUGGAGCUGGACAAAAGGAGCUGGUGGAGGAGUUUUGGAGCUAUGUUCAAGGGGAAUUGAAGUAUUGA